AUCCCGUCCACAAUACCAGUAUCCCAUGCAGCUAAUCCUCUUGUGCAGGAGAUUGUGACAAAUGGUGAUGAUGAGAGCGACUCUUUUAGAACUAAAGAGAAUGAUGCCAUCUCCCCUGAUUGCAAUGAUGAUGAGGAAUCUACUGUUGGCUGUGAAAAGUCUGACACAAGUGCAAACCAGCAAGAAGAUUCAGAUGAAGUCAAACCAGGGGAUGGUGACCUUGGAAGUUCAUCUGAUCAUGAGAUCGCAUCCUCUGUUGGAGCUGAUCCUACCAGUGUAUUGGGAAACAUCCAAGGUUCCCCAGAAGAAGAUGCAACUGGAGUUGUGGAAGAUUCAGAGCUAAGAAAUCCUUGCAAUGAUGAAGUGCAUGCUGAAGAUGAUUGCUUUGUAAUGAGGAAAAAGCGAAAGCCAUCUUUCCCAAGUUUGAUAUCUACCAAACAGAGCAGAAAGUCACACUCAUCAUCAGGGAAGCAAACGUAGACGAAGAGUCUUUCAAACUAGACACAGUGAAUGGGGGAAAGAUGGUGGAAGCAAUGUUCAAGAGGACUAAAAUGGCUUCAGAUACAGCAGAGGAGAUGUUCACUCUCCUCGUAAGUUGUGAGGAAGGGCAGACUUUAGAUGCGAAGGUGAAUACUGAUGUCUCCAAGCUCAAUGUGGUCCUGGUAUUCAAGAAGAUGGAAGGAAGUGGAUGCUUGUGGUCUGCUCUUAAGGCUGGUGUGUCUGCAGAUGCUCUGGAGGAGAAACGUUUUGCAACAGAGGAGAGUCUGGAAGAUGCUCUGGAGGAGAUAACAUCCGAUGAAGGCAGGAGCAAGGAGACGAUGCCAUGCUCUGUAUCCGAGUUCUCCACCGACUGCGUCAAGGCUCAGUUUCAAGUCACUUGUGAGGUAGCAGACAAUGGAAAGAGUUCACAAGCCAGUGCCAAACAUAAAGGAGAAUCUGAUGGAUCUAAGAAGGCAUCUGUGAGAUCUAAAGAGUCCAUCAUCCCAGCCUUGGACCUAGGACCUGCAGCAGAUGAGACCAAGGAGGAGAGUGAUGUCAGUUCACGUCACAGUGAUUCUCAGUCAUCUCCUACAGGUUCUUCUUCCAUAACUCUAGUCUUAAGAGUGCUUUGAGGAGUCCUCGCAGGAGAGCAUGUAAGUCGGUCAGCUUCAGUGAAGAAGUCUUGGUGGAACUCUUCCUUGAUGGUCCCAAGAAACCCAAGAAAGGAUACAACAAGAAGAAAGGAGGACGCCGCACCCCAUUCUUUGGUCCUAGACGCAUGAUUGAGAAGCUGAAGGACAACUCCUGGGAGUAUUUCAGUGAUUCUGAACUCCUGCACCACAAAGAUGGAAGUACAGAGGAAUAUGAAGAUCUAGAAUGGAAGUGGCAACCAGACCAGGUCCUAAUGCGACAGUCCAGCAGCGAGUCAGAGUCAGGCCAGGAGAUCCCGUCCUCUCCCCGCACUAAUGGUAAGAAGUCCAAGGGAUCUAGGCGCCGGAGAAAAGAAAAGGCGCGGCGCGAGGCAAGCUCGGCAGCAAGCAAUGGUGUUGAAAGUUCUGACACCAAUGAGAACCACAUCAAACCAAGUUCUCCCGGUGAUAUUUCACCUCUCACAAAUGGAGUAGAGUCUGAUGCUAAGAAACAAAGCUCCAAGCUUAAUGGUGAAGCCCAAGAUCUACCAGAAAACAGCGAUUCAAAGAAUAAUAAUGAUGAAAUCAAGAAAAGCAAUGAAAAUGAUGAGCUCCCUCUUGAAAUGCAGGACCACAAAACAAAGUGUGCUUUUGAAUUCUCUAACCAAGUUAUCUUUGAUCUUGAUGAAUAAAGAUCUCAGCAAAAUGAUCAUUUUUGCCAUUCUCCUUGAUGGAAUAUUCUGUAUAUUAGGGGUAUGACCAUGACCAUUAUAUCUAAAAUUACAAUAUUUCAGAUGACAGAUACCAAUGUCAUACUUAUUGUUUUCCUACAAAAAAAGAUGACAUCGCUCCAAUGCCUCUGCAGCUCAGGCUAGAAAAAGUGACAAGUGAAUUUUGAUUGAUAUUGAGUUAUCAAAAUAUUUUGAAUAUUAAUCAGAUGCCAAGUGUGCAGCAGCAAUAUUUGAAAGCUUUUAAAGUUUUCACUCAGGUAUUUCAUUUAAUGGUGAUACCUACAUGUAUAAAUAUUUUAUUUGCCCAAAAUCAGUGACAAGACAAUCCUGUUUCUCCCAUUUAAUGAUGCCUCGCAUAAAAAUGGUGUUUGUGUCAACAUUAAAUCUACCACCACAAGAGAUUUAAUGCUCGAAAAUAUAUUUGGAAUAUUCAAAAUGUUCGAAAAUAUAUUUGGAAUAUUCAAAAUGCUCGAAAAAUAUAUUUGGAAUAUUCAAAAUGCUAGGAAAUAUAUUUGGAAUAUUAAAAAUAGUUAGGAUUGAUAUUGAUUGGUGAUCCUCAUUGUGGUGUUUUCCUGAUUUUCAAUUAAUACUUCUAUAGUUUCAUCAACUAAACUUUUGAUGAACUAAUCGAGUUUGGCUGUUUGAUUGAGUUUAAUAAUGUACAUGUACGUGUAACUACCUUGAUCAUUUGCUGAUUCAUAAUUUGAUAUUUACCUGUCCGUUACAUAUUUGUAAAGAGCUUGAUGCGUAUUACUUUCAUGGAUGGAAUAUGAUGUGUUAUAUAUGAACUGAAGUCUGUACAGAAGUAGUCCAUACAGUAUGUGAAUAAAUGCUGUAGAAGUCUGUAGAUAAAGGAGAAUGUGUUUAUGAGUAAUAGCAUCAUCGUAAUAAUCUUUAAUACUUAGUGACUUAAUUUGACUUGAAGUAAAAUCAUCAAUUUUUGCCAUAUUGUAAAGACAGAUGCCUUGAUGAUAAUUAUAAUUAAUGUAAAUGGAUCUACCUUUGAUAGAUAUCAUCAUAGGAACACAUCAAUGAAUGUGAGACCAGAUAUGGAAUCAGACUUGUAGUAUAAUGUAGAGGUAUGUUACAAAUGACUGUUAUUAUGAUGUUAGGGAGAAUUGUUGUUUGCGUUUAAAUUGAAUUUUCCUUCUCCUUUUUAGUAUUUAGGAAAAAAACCUGAGGCAAUUACCAUCAUUGAUAUGUUAUGUGUUUGAAAAGUAAACAACUACGGUAUACAACUAGUUGUAUUUUGUAUUCAACCAAUUUCUAUGUGAAAUUAUUUGUAGAUAUUUUGACAAAUUCUUGAAAAUACCCAAGAGAGACCUUUACAAUGUGCCUUUAGAAAGCGUCUACUCAGAGAUCCAGAAGUGCGUUAUGUAACUCUUCGUAAUAGUCUCUGAGUUAACAACCUUCCCAGCAGAUGAAAGGGUAAUCUCACUGCCAUACUUGUGAAUUAAAAAGUAUACUGAACCAUCUAUUUUGGAAACUCAUACUUGGAGUAAUAUGAAGUUGAUUUUUGUAUGAAUCUAUUGUAUAAAGCGCUUCAUGUGAGUACAUGUAAGUCCUUUGAUUGUCAUAAUGUUAAUCUGUGCCAUUGAAUGACCUAAAUUUCCAUUUAAUGUUAUAUUUUUUGAAUUAGUAAAUGAUACAAAUUGCAAAAUACAUGAAAAUAUAGUAUGGAAUUUGAUUCUUUUGCUGAAUUUGUAACUCUUUAUGUAAAUAUUCCAGAAGAAAUUGGUGACUUUUGAUUUGCCAAAUUGAAAAAGUGUGACGUAAAACUUGCUUACCGUAAAUUUUAUUUCCUUAUGUCCCAAAAGAUACCUUGACAAUUCAGCAUUGAGAUGCAUUUAUUUUGUAUAGUGUGUCAUUAUAUUAGUAAUAAAUGAACUGUGAAUGAUACCUAAGUUGAGUGUUGAAAGUGAACUACAGACUAGACUGGAGUCACCCUUUUUCUUGAAAUUUUAUGUUACCAGCAGACUUAACCAGCAGCUUGAUUGGAAACAUGAUGGAUGUACAUGUACAGGUAGAUAAGUCAUGUAAUGGGGUACCUGUUUUUCUAGCAUUGAUGAGUGACUUUGAGCUUUAAAAGGGCCUUAGCUUUAAAAUGUUUUGAUUUUGAAAUGAAAAAUGUCUUGAGAAUUUUCGGGGAAAAAAGAAGAAAACCUUUGUUCUUUGUACCUGUACUCUGAAAUUUGAAUUAAAGUAUUAUUUUGAUGUAAGUGUUUAUCAGUUUGAAAUAUGAUUACUGGUAAUCAUAUGAUAUGUAAUUUUCUGUAUUGAGCCAGUGCACCCUAUAUAUUUCCUUCUGAUUAUAGGGCACACAGUAUACUUUGUGUGGAUUCUGUGAAAGUUAAAUUGAUCUUUGUCUCUUACAAACAGAAAGAAAAUGAAUAAAUAUACUUAUAUUUUGAGCUUAAGUACAAUAAUCUGUAAGUACAAAAAUGGGAGACUGGAACAGAAAUAAAAUUUGAAUUUGAUGGAAAAAAA